CUCCGCCCCACAGGUCAAUCCGAGCCGAGCGGCCGCUCCAUGCUGUUCCCUCCUGGCUCCGCUCUGGGGAGAUCCCAGUCCCCUCCGGCUGCUCCCACACAAUGUUCCCUGGGCUCACGCUCCGGGCUGCACUGCUGCUCUCUGUCCUCUGGGCACCGGUCCGUCCGCACACAGUCUGGACCUCAUCCACCGGGACACCACCCAGUGUGACCCCUGGACCCAACCUCACGCGGACCGACAUCGCAUCUGAACCAGGGGGAUCAGUAACAUGGACCCCAAGGGGGCACUGGAGCCAGCCAGAACCUGAGACCCAUAAGCCAACAAAACAGGGAGCCACUGGGACCCACAGACAAUCGGAAUCAUCCAGAACCAUCAGUCAGUCUGAACUAGCAGAGAGUGGAUCCCUCAACUUACCAGAAACUCACCUGCCAGCGGGGUUUAAGGGAUCUGGCACCCACAUGUCUUGGAGACAAAGUGCAAACCAACUCAUGGCACCUGCAUCGGAACCAACAUGGAAUAAGGAACCAAACAAUAUUCCCAGCAGGUCCGGAGAUGUCUUGGAGUCGACUGACAGUUUUGCUUCACCAGAACCUGGUACUGUUAACCCCAAGACUGCACACAUGGACCAGCCAGAACCUCAGACAGAGUCCCACAUCCCCUCUGGGUCAGAAUUAGACUGGACAGGGCAGAACUACCUGCACACUGACUGGGAGAGACCCUCAGCCACUGAAGUUGUCCUAAAAUCAGUAACAAAGCAACAUGUCCGUAAGAGGACUCCCCAUACAGACACCACACUGUACCGCUCAUCCACCUUGACCCGGACUUUGUUAUCAUUAACUAACCCCAAUGGGUCGGGCGAUAUCACAGAGAUCCCCAAUACGUAUAAAACUGCUACAGAGCCCAGAUUCCUCGAGAACCAAGGUGGGCAGGUGGACACAACAAGACACGACGAGGGCUUUGCCACACAAUAUUCUGGCACCCCUGCAUGGGACAAUAGCAACACUACCCAAGAUUUACACAACUCCAAGGUCACAUUGCAGGACUCAGGCAAAACAACUUGGUCUGGUAACUGGACCCAAAACACAGAGAUCAUUCCUGCCCCAAACUCUGAAACAUCAGUCCAGGAAUCCAACGAUGUAACCAAAAACAGCACCAUCACAACACAGGAUCCUGAAAUCACAAUAUCUGGGAUAACAGCCUUGAAGAGUAGCAACUCAGAUCUAUUGUCUACAAGCAGAACACAAGAGCCUGACAAUGCAACAAUGGACCUGAUCAUCACAACCCAAAAUGUUAUUACUGCAUCUAAUUCUGGAACCUUUUCUCCUGGCAAUUACCCUCUGCAAACACCUUCAUAUGGAGCACCCACCUUCUCAUCUGCCACCAGUCACCAUGCCUCAUAUACUUCUGUUACCUUUACCAGCAUCCCUGUCACAGCUCCACACAAAACAGAUGUUCCAACCAAUAAUCCAUCCACAUUUGUAUCAAUUUCCAACAGACCAUCAGCUUCAAAAUUGUCUCUUCUUCAGUCUGAGCCUUCGUCAUCCAUGUUAUCACCUUUAGCUCCUUUUGCAGUGUUGAUUUCAUCUCCUGCAACACAUUUCAUCUCUCUAUCCACAAAGUCCUCGCAACCUUCUUCACCAGAUAUCUUUUCUUCAUCCCCAAUUCUAUCAGAGCAGCCCUCUUCUUCACUCUCACCUUCUCUUUCAGAGAUUUCUUCUGCUACUUUCUCCACAACUUCCUACAUUUCUCUGUCUCCAACGUCCACAUUAUCUGCAUCUCUGCCAGCCCCCUCAUCGACUACAGCGGGCACAGAAGUAACCAGCAUGCCUCUCACAACUAAUCAGUUUUCAGAGUUCUCUACAGCCGCUGCCACUUUGGUGACUUAUCUCAUCAAUCAAACCAUUCAGCCCCAUAGAACCAUAACAGAUUCUGCCAGAACAGUGUUUGUUGGAACAGACUCACGAGAAAUUACAAAUAACCCAACUGUCUCAGUAGCAGACAACAUAUUGGUGGAGACUUCAAAACCAGUGGAUGGAAGUGUAUCAACAAUGUCAACUGAGACGCUACAGACAGUCAGCGCUACUUCAGUUGAAACUGCUGCUCAAUCAACUGAUCCUGCUCCAUCCACAACAAUGUCUAGUGAUCUGCUCCCACCACCAAUCCAUCACAGUACACAAGAACUUCCCCAUUCUGAUGUCCACACUACAGAGUCAAGUAAUUUCCACUUUACCCAAGAUGAUCCCAACAGGCAAGUUCUGACAUCAAUAACAACUAAAAUGAAUCCAAAUAUCUUUACGUUAGCGAUGGAUUUAAGGACCAGCACAGUUGGCACCACCAAACCCCAAAGUAGCAUAGACCAAGCUACAAGCCCAUCACACAUACUGACAGUGAAAUCUUCCACCACUACAACACCUAAAUCACCAGUGUUCACUUUCUCCAGGAUCAUAUCACCAGCAGAGAAAGGUGGUCAUUGUUUAUCUAACCCUUGUCAGAAUGGAGGGCACUGUGUGGAACUCGGCCAUAACAGCUAUAAGUGUGAAUGCCCAUCAGGCUGGCAGGGAGAGCAUUGUGCCACAGAUGUUGAUGAGUGUCUCACCGACCCCUGUCCUACCCAGAUAUCUUGCAUUAAUAAGAGAGGGUCUUUCAGCUGCCAUUGUCCUCUUGGAUCUUUCUUGGAAAAAGAAACCGGAUGUGUUUUGGCACGGACUUUCCUCGGACACAUCAAAGUGCCAAGAAAUUUUCUAAAUGGGACGAUGGGCAGAUACAGAGAGGUGCAGCAGAUUGAGGAGGUGAUAGUGCACUUGCUGAACAAGUCCUUCUCUGGUCUGAGCGGGUAUUACCAGUCAGAUGUGACCAACAGCAGCGAUACCAACCACAUCCUCAUCUCCGUGCAGAACGUAUUCUCAUUGUCCUCAAAUGUGACGAAAAAGGAUAUCAAGCAGAGCUUGCAGAACUACAUGAGAUCAUGCGAAUCAGCCCUGGAGAGCUCCCCCGGGUGCCACCUGAUGCUGCACCCCCAGCUUUACUAUAUAGCCGAUGGUCUGUGCAGCGUCAGUCCCCCAGAAUGUGACAGGGACACCACUGAGUGUUCCGAUGUGACUGGUGUAGCCAUCUGCCAGUGCAAACCUGGAUACUUCAAAUAUACCAAAAUGGAUCACUCGUGCAAAGCCUGCGAGGAUGGAUUCCAGCGAGUGAACAGCAGCUGUGUGAGAUGCCCCUUUGGCCUGGGAGGCUUUAACUGCUCAAACCCAUAUCAACUGAUUACAGUAAUUAUUGCGGCUGCAGGAGGGGGGCUCUUACUGGUCCUGGGAAUCGCACUGACUGUGACAUGUUGCAGAAAAAACAAGAACGAUAUCAACAAAUUGAUCUUUAAGAGCGGGGAAUUCCAGAUGUCGCCUUACGCAGAGUAUGGCAAAAGCCCUCGCUCAUCCGACUGGGGCCGCGAGACCAUUGAGAUGCAGGAAAACGGAAGCACCAAGAACCUGCUCCAGAUGACCGAUGUGUAUUACUCAGUAAGUGGGGCAGCCAGGCCCACAGAACCCAGAACUGGAUAGAAAUGGGCUGUACCCUUACACUGGAUUGCCAGGAUCACGCCAUUCAUGCAUUUACUCCGGACAGUUUAACCCAUCAUUCAUCAGCGAGGAGAACAGGAGAAGAGACUAUUUUUAGCAGGAUUCUGCUCUGCACCCUGGGAGUAAAUCAAUCGGACUCCAUUGCCCCAGGCAGGGGCCCCAGCACUCCCCCAAACCUGUAUCUUAUUUGUUAGCACAAGCGGAAGAGCUGUUUAUAGACUGGGGCAGCACUAGGGGGGUAUUGUACCAUCAGGGUAUAUGGGAUUUUGGCACAGUUAUGGCGCUGUGUGUGUGUGUGCUCUGAAUCUGUUAGGAUAACCCUCAGUGUAAAUAAGCAUGGCAGUACUUCUGUUGGACCCAGUACCUUAAACAAAUGGCUGCAUAUUAACCUGGACUGGAAUAAUGAGAGGACCAAUGAGAACCGCCACUCAUGAAUAAAUAUAUCAUAAUUGUUCUAUUGGGCUGCAGGGACUCUGGGACAGGACUAGGCUGAAUAGUUCUCACUUAUGAAUUUCCUUGUGUGUUUCUAGUGGUGCCGGAACCACAUGGAAUUCUUUUGUUAGAACUGAAAUCCUGCCCAUGAAUUUUCAUGUGUCUAACUAAAGGAAUACAGCUGUGUCUCUGGUAUGUGCUAAGAACAGGGGGUUCCAAUUGGGUGAGGGACGCCAUGAUUCUUUGUACUGAGUAGAUCUAUAAAAUAAAUCUACCCCACCCAGAGCUCCUUCUGUAACCGCAACAGAGCAUUGCUCAGAACAGCACCUGCCCAUCUAGUGAUGAUGUCCUGCAUGUCUCCUAAAUUGUAAGCUUUGCAUUCUAAUUUCCUAUUAGAGUGUGAGCUCAAUAGAACAACAUAAUGAUCUGAAUGCACCCAAACUGCCUUUAGGAUUGUUAAUAUUCUGUGUACACCCUAGUAGUGCUUUCAUUCCUCUAAAUGCCCCCCUUGGAUUAAUAGAAUGUAAGCUCUUUUAAACAGCGGGUCCUCUAGAUAAGGCAGAGGUCUCUAUCGCUCUCAUCAUACAGAAUGUCCUCUACCUGCCGAUAGAUUGUAAGCUCUGUGGAGCAUGUGGCCUCCUUCAAUUUUAUUUUCCCCAAAUGUAGCCAAUUCCAUAUUAGAUUGUAAUGGAUAUGAGCCUGGACCAUCCUGACUGUCUCAGACUGUCUCCAUUACUUCUAAUUAGAUUGUAAACUCUGUGACAUAGAGGAGCCCCACAGCAUGUGGGUUUAUGGUAGAUUUGUAGCACUUAUUGUACUUUCCAAUCUUAUUUAUUUUAACUUUAUUUGUGUUCCACUAAAGCACCUGCCACUACUGUGUGUGAUUGUAAAACUGUGUGUGUCUGUGUUACACACGUGCUGCCUCCUUGCUCUGUUUGUCGGAGUCUGUCACAAAUUGUGUAAUAAGUAGCCUGCCCCUUGGUGGGUCUGUAGCAAAACCACCUGCCCAGGGUAAUUCUGCCACUUGGAUACCUGUUACAGGGUUGGUUGGAGCAAAGUGUCUGUUUUUAGAAAUUUGAUUAUUUUUAUACAAUACUUUGUAAUUAAGUCUGGCGUUCUAGUCAGUGAGUGAAUAACCAAGAGAGAAAAUAUGCAAAAAAUAACAAAAUAAACAUUUUACACAUGUGUCUCAGUA